GAUUUUAUCCCUGCCCCUAUCGGUUGUUGUGAUUGCGGCGGGGUUUUAUGGUUGAGUUUCAGCAGAGUUUCAGUGUUUGUUCCAUAGCAUUUCCAAGGGCAUCCAUCCAUAUAACACAAGCAGCGAAGCUGGCACGAUGAUUGACCAUGAUGUCAAUGGAUCAGAGAUCGUUGUAGACAAUGGCACUACUACCCACGUUGGCACAGACGGCGAUGGCUAUCAUGAAAGUCAAACAGAGGCGGAGAGAAGGGAGCUCAGGCGUCGCUAUAGAGACAUGCAGGAGGACAUUCAAAAAUGUCAGGAGAACAUUAUAUCAACAAAAUCAAGCUCACUUAUAGAAAAGCUGGACAAUGUCGAGGCUAUCUUCUCAAAUGUUCACCAGACAAGAGAAGCAUUGCUAGAUGCGCAGGUGCUCAGUGCAAUCUCAUUGAUGGGAAAGCAGCACAUUCAGUCGCUGCACACCAACCUUGUCACAUUUGAACCUGUAGAGUUUGCAGAGAAAUUGAUAACAUGCAUGUCAGGUCACAGGAGACAGGGAGGUGACGUGGAGAUUACAGAGGACAACUGGAAAAACUUUGGGAUCAAAUAUGCCAACAAACUGCUAAAGCGAUCUCCCAGCUUUCAUUUUAUGCUGGGAGCAUUUGAAAGAGGAGAUGUGAACCUCGUUCGAACAAGAAGGGUUGGUCAGAAGGACGUCGGUGACGGAACCAAAACAGCGCCAAAGAGAUUGCAGGAGACAGUUCAAAUUGAACAGGAAGCCACCACAGAAGAGAUUGAGAGAAUAUUGGGCAUACUACAAAGGCUAUACAAGCAAUACAACGGUCCCGUUGAUUACUUCGAGCUAGUUGUGAAUCCUGACUCCUUCGGACAAACAGUGGAGAACAUCUUUCACGUGGCAUUUCUGGUUAGGGACGGCCUGGCAGAAAUAUACUUAGAUGAAGACAAGCUGCCUGUAAUCAAGCCUGUGAUGGAGAAGAACAAGCAUGAAGAAGAUCAACAUAACAUGGGACCUCGAAAGCAAUUCAUAAUGUCUCUCACAAUGGAUGAAUGGAAGGAAAUAAAAAAGACGUUUCAAAUUCAACGCCCACUGAUCCCAGCCAGAACUGUCAGGCAAUCCAAAAGCGUUGCACCAACAGAUGAAGCAGGACCAAGCCUAAGAAAUUGAAGCUGCACUUAAUCGAAUCAAGGAAAAUAUAUACAGGGAUGAGAAUCUUCCGCGGAUCUGUGGAAAUCCACUGAUUUCACAGUCCCAGGGACGA